AUGUCAGACAUUAAAUUGAACUCGCAAAUGACUUCGUCUCCAGUUCUGAAUAAUGAUGAGAAUACACAUCUUGAAUUACCUUCUUUAACAACAUCAGCAACAAAAAAUACAUCCUCAAAUUCUAUACCAACAACCCCGACUUCCCCAUCAAAACUACGUCAAAUUGCGCCUGCUCCUCCAUCGCCAACAAGAAAAUCCGACUACGAUAUUUAUCAUAUUCCACGUGGAUACGAAGUAGUCUUAGUGCCGAAAGGAGGCACAGUUGCCAAUUCUGAUAAUAGUAAUCUUAUUGCUAGCGCUGGAACUCCACUAUCACCAAUAUCCCCGACAAAAAUGACUACAAAACCAAUUACAAUUCCACCAUCAGAAUCCUUCUCCCAAAAUCAAAAUAGUAGUUCAUGGCGUAAACGCAGAUCAAAUGGUCACAUUCCACGUCCAAAAAACUGUUUUAUGGCAUAUCGUGAACAUAUGCAACAUCAAAUCUUGCAACAAAAUCCCGGGUUGAAUAAUAAAAUUGUCUCUGUUCUCGCAGCGCAAGAGUGGAAUAAAGAAAAAGAAGAAGUGAAAGAAUAUUGGCGUGAAGUGGCGAAAAACUUAAAAGCCGAGCAUCAACUUAAAUACCCAGAUUACAAAUUUUCUCCGAAAAAGAAACCUGGGAAAACUGUCACGGGUGGUAUUCAAAAAUCAUCAUCGAAAAUGCGGGCUUCUGCCAUCAAGUUAAAUUCAUCUGUUGUAGGAUCGAGAAAAUUAAAUUUGACUCAGAAAUUUGAUGAAUCUGCAGUCGUAGUUGGAUCUACGAAUCUACUUCACGGUAAUGUAGACACUUCACUUUGGGGUCAUUAUAACGGAUCUUCAUGGACAACUGCAAGUAAAUCUUCAUCUAAGAAUAGUCCAUCAUUUGAAGCUUCUUCCCCAGGAUCAUUCUCACCUCCAACUUUUCAACAGCCACAAUCACCCCCAGAAAAAUCAUUCAAUCCAUUUUAUAGUCCAGAAUUCGAUAAUCUUGAGAUUUCCACAUUGAAUCUUGAACAAUUCCAAUUCGAACCUCACUCUAAAAGUUAA